AAGAUGUUGUUUUGAUGGAGGCGAAUGAAAACAACUUUUUGCGUAGCCUUUUGUUCUGCGUUACUCAAUCGUGCGAAUAAUUUGAUUUCCUGUUGCACCCUACUUUCGCCAAGAUUCCUUUCCCAGCCGCUCGGCCGUCGUGAUGGACACCGAGUCCAUCACCGAGAGCAGCACCAGCAGCAGCAGCACGGUGGGAGGUCAGUAUGGAGUUGGCAGUUCCAGCACCACCGUGGCCUCCUUACCCACGGAUGUGCUGACCACGAUCUUUCUGAACCUGCGGAUGCCCGAUCUGGCCUCGGUGCGGCAAACCUGUGUGGCCUGGUACGAAAUCGUCAUCAACAACCGAACGCUGAUGAACCGCUUCGUGCUGUCCCUGCGGAACUGUCGGAUAGAGGAAGGCUGCGAACAGUGGUCGUUGUUGCUGAUCACACGAAGCACCUUCGAAAAGCUGUGCUUCAAAUCGUGCACCAUCGGUCCGGCUACGGAGCUGUGGCAAUCGAUCGGUGGUAAUGUGGUGGAGCUGACCCUCAACGAUUGUACACUGAACGCGGAUACACUGUUCAACAUGCUGCGCCACAUGCGCUCUACCCUGCGCUCGUUGACGUUGAAAGCAACCAAAUUCGAGGACCACAGCAUCCGCAAUGUUACGCUGGAUUUUCGCCUCGAGCGGCUACACUCGCUGACACUGCGGUCCAUCUUCGUGUACAAUGAGUUCUUUCACGUCUUCAAACACAUCUGCCCAUCACUGAAGGCACUGAAGCUGGCCUUUUCAUCGUACGAGCACUGGGGCGAACAGUUGGUCGAGUUUGUGACGACGCUACGGGGGACCCUCGAUGCAAUCACACUCAGCUACACGAAGGUUAGCAGCGGUUUACUGCAUCAGCUGGCACGCAUCGAGAGCCUGCGGCUUCGCAAGGUAUCCCUGAAAUCGUGCAGCGAGCUGAAAGAGCGUGACAUUCUCGAACUGGCUCGACUACAACCGUCGAUCGUGCAUCUGAACCUGGACAACCUUUUCUCGGCCGACGAACAGUUUCUGCGGGCCCUCAGUGCCUUCCUUCCGCAGAUGAAGCGCAUCAAGCUACGGGUCGCUCGGAUCAGCAACCUGCACCAGUCGUUUCUCGCCAAUCUCCCGCAGCUCAACUAUCUCAAGAUCACCGACACCACGCACGUGAAGGGCAACCUGGAUUUGAGCGCGUACGAGAAUGCAUCGCUCGACAAGCUGUACGUAUCGGCGGCCACCUUUUCGCGUAACAUUUUGCCCCGGUUCUUCGAGCGUUGCCCCAACAUCCGCAGCCUUACGCUGUACCAGUGUACGUACGAGAACAUACACGAUCUGCAGCUGGCCUUCUCGCAUCUGAACGCGCUCGAGUACUUAAACCUGCAGCGUACGUUCGACAUCAGCGAUAGCUUCUUCAAUCGGGACGUCUUCGAUACGAUCGUGAUGCCGUUUGAGCGGAUACGCUUCUAUCCCAUCACGAACCUGCGCCGGUUGUGCUACCUUAAUCUUAGCCACUGCCGAGACCUCUCGGAUCAAACGCUGAUGGCGCUUAGUUUUCCGUUGCUGAAAAAGAUCGAUCUGCGCGGGUUGCAUAUCACGGAAGCGGGCAUCGCGUCACUGGUGACCGAAUGUCCGCUGCUCGAGUACGUCCACGUCGAUGCGUGCAAGCGUAUCUGCGACAAUGCGGUGCUGUCGCUGUGCCGCGAUCUAAAGCACCUGAAGCUACUGAAUCUCGAGAGUUGCAAGAUGCUCACGGAUCGUUCGAUCGAGCACAUUUUGAGCCACUGUCGGUGUCUCGUGUGGCUCAAUAUGAUGAGCUGCCCGCAGCUAAGCGACGAUGCGAAAAGUCGGCUUAGUGGUUUACGAACAAUACGAUCGCUCUACUUGUCGCCCUCUUGAAGUCAUGCAAUGACUCAUCGGCGGCAAUGAUGAAUGAAAACCGCAAUACAUACGCAGAUACGCUUGGCUACUGUUUCGUUUUGAGCUUAACGUAUUGCUGUGAUUUCGGGCGAAAGGAAGCGGAACACCAUCAAGCGUCAACGGGAAUCGGAAUGGGAGACAGCGGACAGAAAAUCAUGCAAACACCUAGUUCAAUUGUAAUUAUGGACAUCAGAACGACACGACACACAUCUAAGACAUAAAUAUAUGUAUACACAUAUAUAUUUUUCCGAAGUUCAAGAGAUAGCUUUUCGUAGACGCGUUCAGUGCAGGAAGGUGUUUUUUCCUUCGCGAGGAUAAGUAAUAAAGUUUGUUUUUCUUUUAUUAAUGAAA